GGGGUUUUGAAGAAAAAUGACCCAUUGUCUCUCUUCUCCUUCCUUUAAGCCUGAGCAGUGAAACGAUGCCCCUGGAUUCCUGCCCGGGAUGCUCUUUCAUAAAGCAUAGAAUAAACUACUGCUUUAUUCACAUGGACAGAAGUUAUUAGUAAGUUGGAAAAGGCCAGGACAUUAGGAUGGAAGUGGAAUUCCGUGGAUCAGACUGUUGAGGGAAUAUCUAGAGAGGGCAGAGGAGACCUUCAGGAUGGGAAAUGCAUGCACAACUUUACCAGAUUCUAGUUGAAAAGCUUUUGAGAGCAACAUGAGCUGGAGCUUUCUCACUCGUCUCCUGGAAGAGAUCCACAACCAUUCCACCUUUGUUGGGAAAGUGUGGCUGACUGUGCUCAUCAUCUUCCGCAUAGUGCUCACAGCCGUAGGAGGUGAGUCCAUCUACUCGGACGAGCAGACCAAGUUCACCUGCAACACCAAACAGCCGGGCUGUGACAACGUGUGUUAUGAUGCCUUUGCUCCCCUCUCGCACGUCCGCUUCUGGGUCUUCCAAAUCAUCAUGAUCUCCACUCCCUCCAUCAUGUACAUGGGUUAUGCUAUUCACAAGAUAGCUCGAACUUCAGAGGAGGAGCGCAGGAAGCACCAAAGGCUCCGCAAAAAGCCUCCUCCUCAUUCCAGGUGGAGAGGGAGCCACCAUCUGGAGGACGUCUUAGAGGAAGAGGAAGAUGACGAUGCCGAGCCCAUGAUCUAUGAGGAUGCACUGGAGGUGCAGGAGGCCAAGCCUGAGCAAGUAAGCAGCACCAGCAAAGACCCACCAAAACAUGAUGGCCGCAGAAGAAUUAUGCAAGAAGGGCUGAUGAGAAUCUAUGUUCUUCAGCUCAUGUCAAGAGCUAUUUUUGAAAUUGCUUUCCUUGCAGGACAGUAUCUCCUCUAUGGUUUUCGAGUUAAUCCUUCAUAUGUGUGCAGCAGGCUUCCCUGUCCACACAGCGUGGACUGUUUCAUCUCAAGGCCCACAGAGAAAACAAUCUUCCUCCUCAUCAUGUAUGUGGUAAGCUGUCUUUGUCUGGUGCUAAACGUGUGUGAGAUGCUUCACCUGGGAAUUGGCACUUUUCGGGAUACACUUCGCAUGAAGAGGAACCGGGGCCGACGGACAUCCUACGGCUACCCGUUCUCUCGCAAUAUCCCAGCCUCUCCUCCAGGGUACAACCUAGUGAUGAAGACAGACAAACCUAGCAGGAUUCCCAACAGCCUCAUCACCCAUGAGCAGAACAUGGCUAAUGUGGCCCAGGAGCAACAGUGCACCAGCCCAGAUGAGAACAUCCCCUCUGAUCUUGCGAGCUUGCACCGUCACUUACGGGUUGCCCAGGAGCAGCUCGAUAUGGCCUUUCAAACAUAUCAGACCAAAAACAACCAGCAAACCUCCAGAACCAGUAGUCCUGUAUCUGGGGGGACCAUGGCAGAGCAAAACCGAGUCAAUACGGUUCAGGAGAAACAAGGAGCCAGACCUAAAUCAGCCACCGAGAAGGCUGCAACCAUUGUAAAAAACGGAAAGACCUCUGUCUGGAUCUAGAGAUAAAUCUAAUUUAGUACAUUAACAGUAAAAAUGUUUAAGACUCCAGGACUGCACUGUGACACAGCUGGAGGAUGCGUGUGUGAGUAUGUGUUGCGACUUUGGACAAAAACAACUGAGAAUUUCAAUCACACUAGCUGAAGGAAUACAGUACACAGUAGGCUUAGUAGGAAACAAAAAAGAAAACACUCAUGAAGAAAUUAUCAAACCCAGUAUCAUGAAUCUUUGUUACUGUAGUGUGUCAUUUUGUGCUUGCCAUAGCUUUCAGACAUGAUUAACAUAUGCUGACUUAGUUAAACAUCUCUAAUUCCAGCUAAAAUGUCAAAGUAUAAACAGAGUGCUUCGAGCUGUUUAUCUGAUCUACCCUUGACUGCGGCUGAACUGGAUUAAUUUUAAGAAAUUUAGAAAUUUAACUUUGCAAAUGUGUGAUUGCACCCUAAAUGCAAAUUUGAAAUUGCAGAACACAACAAUGUACAAAUGCACAAUGAUUCAUAUCUGAAGCAUGGUGAUUGUUGUUGGAAAGAUGCAUGUUUAAUA